AUGGACCGAGAGCAGCAGAUCAACGAUCUGGAGAUGCAGCAGUCCGCCCUCCUCGAUAGUGAUGGAUGCUGGAUCUUUUUUUCGGUACAUCUCGAUGAUGAGGGGGACGACGAGCACGUUAAGAACAGGUGGGCCGGCAAGACUAUUGUGGAUCUCUUUGCGGAGGAGUUCAAAGGCGCCCUUAUGACUAUUAUUGAGGGCGCAAUCAACCUGAAGCAGCGUCCUGUGUUGGUUGCUGCAUCAAUAGGAAGCUAUGGAGCAUAUCUAACAGAUGGUUCUGAGUACAGUGGAAACUAUGGCCAAGAAAUUACUGUGCAAAUCGUCAAAGAUUUUCACAGGAGAAGGCUUGAGGUUCUUUCUGAAGCUGGAGCUGAUAUAAUUGCUUUUGAAACAAUUCCAAAUAAACUUGAAGCUCAAACAUAUGUUGAACUUCUUUUGGAGUGUGACACAAAAAUUCUAGCUUGGUUUUCUUUCACUUCGAAGGAUGGGAUCAAUGUUGUUAGUGGAGAUUCUAUGGCUGAAUGUGUUUCUCUGGCUGAUUCAUGCAACAAAGUCGUUGCUAUUGGAAUCAACUGCACUGCACCUAGAUUCAUCCACAAUUUAAUUCUCUCUAUUAAGAAGCUUAAUGCUCAAUUCAGAAGGAAUCCAUCAUUGAUACAAAAUUUGACAACUUAUUGA